GUAAUACCUAAGACUUGAGCCAUUCACUUUGCUUAGUCUUAUCUUAUUAUUUUUUUUGUUUUGAGAAAGUUUACUGACUUAAGGCACAAUGGUUGCUGGCAUGCUAAUGCCCAUGAGGGACCUAAAAGUCAUCUAUGAAGUCUUGUUUCGAGAUGGUGUAUUGGUGGCCAAGAAAGACAAAAGGCCCCAGAUAAAGCACCCUGAAAUACAAAGUGUGAGCAACCUGCAAGUAAUCCGUGCAAUGGGCUCUCUUAAAUCAAGAGGUUAUGUGAAGGAAACAUUUGCUUGGAGACAUUUCUACUGGUACUUGACCAAUGAUGGCAUUGUUUACCUGCGCGACUACCUCCAUCUUCCCACUGAGAUUGUUCCAGCUUCACUGCAGAGGAUUAGGAGGCCAGCUGCCAGUCUGGCUGUUCCCCAUCGUGCUGCUCGGGUCCAAUCUGUACAAGGUCCUACAUCUUACGUUCCCAAGCCAGGCCGCAGGGAUGAAGUUGAGAGCCUGGAAGCACUAGCUGAGCGCCAUGGCUACCGCCAUAAGAUGAUGGGUGUUGGAGACCAGGAGAGAUACUCUGAUCGAACCCCGAGAUUCAGGGGUUGUCCACUGAGUGCAGAACCAACUAGGCCAAAACCAGAAGUGGAGUUUGAGAAUCAACAUCGACCUCUUUACAGGAGAGGGGCUAACUCCAACCAUGAGUUGAUGGCCACUGAGGAGAAAGUAGUAGAAAAAGUCAAUCUCCAGAAGCCUAGCAUGAUAAAAGAAAAUCCAGGUGCAUCAAAGGAGAGAAGAGUGUUGGAAGCUGAAAAGAAGAAGGCUCCAGGUUCUGAUCCUGUUCAGACAGAGGCUUUGAAACAGGAUGGCUCCCAGACCACUCUGAUCUCUACCUCAGCAGCCUUAAUAUUACCUGUGACUGCUGUUGGUGUGGCAGCAGGUGCUGCAACAUCAAAGCUUACAAGCAGUACUGAAACAAAUAAACAGAUAAAGAAUAAAGAAAAGCCUGAGACUGCUGAUGAAAAAGCUUCCUUGAAUGUUAGUGAAGAGAUUACACACAGUUCACCCAUCACUGUGCUUUGUAAUGUAGAAGUGAACGAAGAGGAAUCAAAACUUGCAGAGAUCUUUAUCUCAGGUAAAACAGCAAAAAAAAUUGCAAAACCUAAACCUGUUCCUAAAAAGGAAACUGCUCAGGAAUCCUUCAAAGGUUUAACUAGCCCUGUCACUCCAGUUGAUAAUAAACCUGCUGAUAUUGAAGAUGGGCAGCUAAAGAAAGAAGUGCUUCAUCAGGUUUCAGGAAAAUUCAUUGAAAUGAAGACACAUGUCCAAGUGAAAUCUAAAAACAAUAGUGACAUUACAGAUAAAAAUGCCAUCGUAAAUCAAAAGAGUAAUGAACUUAAGCUUGAGAGCAGCACUAGCAAGCCAGUGGAUAUUGCUAAUGUGUUGGAUGGUAUUGCCAACAUUAAAGUGAAUCAAAAACCAGUUCAAGCUGAAGUCAUCUCACCAAAUCUGACUGGAAAGCCUGAAACUGCUGAAGUUCGUUUCAAAAUGACAUCCUCAACGACUGAUGCUAAAUCUACCCCUGAGACUCUACCUGUCUCAGCCCCUCAGGACAGGUCUGAAGUCCCUCAACCUGUGACAGAGACACUUAGAGAAAUCAAGAUGAUCACAAAACAGGAAGAAAUUAGUGUAAAGGGGAUUCCACAUGCUGAAAGAGAUGAAACUGUUCUUCCAGAAGUGGUCACUGAAGUCUCAGUAAAACAGGUACAGGAAACCAUCCAAUCUUCUUUGUCCACUCAAAAUGCUGCUGUCACAGAGGCAGUUAAUGACACAAAACAAGGAAGUGAAGGAACCUCUAAAACAAAGAGAAAGAAAAAGAAGUCUUCAAGUGAAAAAUCCAAGAGCGCUAAUACUGAACAACUGCCUCAGUCAAAGAUGGAAAAGGAAGAAACCUCUCAAGGCAUGUCUUUGGUGGGAGUAGCUAAAGAUGCCAUCCCACCAACACCCGUUAUUACCUCUGAGCAUAUGUCUACCUCCAUGAAGACAUCUGGGGAAGAAAAGGUUGAUGCUAAAGUAGAUGAUAACAAGAAACACCACAAAGAAAUCUCCAAACAAACUGAUGAAAUGCUGAAAGAGGAGGUGUCAUUAAAAAUAAAUAAAUCUGUAGCCAAAGAAGCAUCUUCACAAUUAGGUGAGACACCAUCAUCUGCUGAAUAUGUACAAGAAAAGAGAACUGAAAGCAAUAUCAUACAGGAGCAAUUAAGUCCCAAAGGCAAGUUAAAGUCUAUUCCUCUUGUGGGACUAGUGAAAUCAGAGGAAGUAACUGUCAGAAAGGAAACAGUGAUUAUGCAGAAAACAGGUCAAGUUGAGCUCCUGAAACCAAGUCUUAAACCUGAAGACAAAACACCAAAGUUACUAUCAGUAUCUGACGAAACGGAGUCUGAAUAUCGUGUAAAGAAUGAAAAGGCUACAGAGGAAAUAUCAAGGGGAAAGAAGAAAGGAAAAAGUAAAAGAAAAGUUAAGCAGACACCAGAAUCAGAAGCUCUAAACACAAAACCUGCAACAGAAACACUUCCAACCUCUAACAUAACAACACUACCUAGGGAUGCAGAUAAAGAAAGCCCUGUCAUGGCCUCUGAACUGACAGACACUAAAGUUCCUUCAAAGAUGAUUCCUGAAGGAAUGUGCAGUGAGGAAGUCAGUCAGGCAGCAGCUGUGCUCUCUGAGGCCCCGACAGACAAAGGAGAGGAGGAGUUAGUACAGCUCUCUGCAGAAAAAAACAAGCGGGAGGUUCCAAAACCAGAAACUUCUUCCAAUGUGAGGAGUGCACUCGCAGAAUUAGCGUCAGCAUCACCAGCAGAGGCAGCUGCGGCACAGGCCAGCCCUUUUGUCAAGCAAGAGGAGCCUCCCAGAGUUGCACAACAUUCGGCCAGUCAGGCAGCAGAGUGCAGCACACAGGAAAAGCUCUCUGUUUGUGAGGCCUCUAAGCACGAGGAAGACAAGAAGAGGGACUUGAAAGAGGACACACCCUCUGCUACUACCACACCUGUAGCCCAGCCUGACCAGCCUCACCUGGCAGAUACCUUUGAUUCCAAUAUACCUGACACAAACGAGGCCACCAUGAGGAAGAAAAUAGUGGUGGUAGAGGAGAUAGUUGAAGUAAAGCAAGUCCUCAGCCCUCAGGUUUCCGGUGAGCAGCCCGUCCCUCCACCUGUGCAGACUGAGGCAGAGGAAGAUGAACUGGACCUGGAUGUUCUGGAAGAAAUCGCUUUAGAGCGAGCUCUGUUGUCAGGGGCAGCAGGGCUCAAGGUGCAGGGAGCCUCACCUGAGACUGCGUGGGACCACUCACUGGGGGAGCCAGAGGAGAAGACGUGGCCUAACUUCAUUGAAGAUGAACGAGAUCGAGUGCAGAAGAAGACCUUCACAAAAUGGGUUAACAAGCAUUUGAUAAAGCAUUGGAAAGUAGAGGCUCAGCGUCACGUGACAGAUCUGUAUGAAGACCUUCGUGAUGGACAUAACCUGAUCUCCCUGCUGGAGGUCCUCUCUGGGGAGACACUGCCGAGGGAGAGGGACAUGAUCAGGAGCGUUCGCUUGCCUAGAGAGAAAGGCCGUAUGCGCUUCCACAAGCUGCAGAAUGUACAGAUAGCACUGGACUUCCUCAAACAUCGGCAGGUCAAACUGGUUAACAUCAGAAAUGAUGACAUAGCCGAUGGUAACCCCAAGCUGACCCUGGGGUUAAUAUGGACCAUCAUCCUGCACUUCCAGGUCUCCUCCUCUAUCUCAGACAUUCAGGUCAACGGUCAGUCAGAGGACAUGACCGCCAAAGAGAAGCUGCUGCUCUGGUCUCAGAGGGUGACAGAUGGCUACCAGGGCAUCCGCUGUGACAACUUCACCACCAGCUGGAGGGACGGCAAACUCUUCAACGCUGUCAUACACAAGCACUACCCCAGACUCAUUGAUAUGGGUAAAGUGUACCAACAAACCAACCAUGAGAACCUGGAACAGGCAUUUAGUGUGGCUGAGAGAGACCUGGGCGUUACCCGCCUCCUGGACCCUGAAGAUGUCGAUGUCCCACACCCUGAUGAGAAGUCAAUCAUCACCUAUGUGUCGUCUUUAUAUGAUGUUAUGCCUCGUGUUGAUGUCCAUGAUGGUCUCAGAGCAAAUGAGCUGGAGCUGCGUUGGCAGGAAUACUAUGAACUUGUGACCAUUCUCCUCCAGUGGAUCCGCCACCAUGUCACCAUCUUUGAAGAGAGAAGGUUCCCAGCCAGUUAUGAGGAGAUAGAGCUUCUCUGGCGUCAGUUUUUGAAGUUCAAAGAAUCUGAGCUGCCAGUGAAAGAGACGGACAAGAAUCACUCCAAACAAAUCUACCAGACGUUUGAGAGUGCAGUGCAGGCAGGUCAGGUGAAGGUCCCUCCAGGCUACCAUCCCAUUGAUGUGGAGAAAGAGUGGGGUCGACUUCACGUGGCCAUCCUUGAGAGAGAGCGACUGCUCAGGAUUGAGUUUGAAAGACUUGAAAGACUCCAGAGAAUUUUCACUAAAAUCCAAAUGGAGUCAGGGCUGUGUGACGGUCAGCUCACUCAACUGGAAACCCUGCUGCAGAAGGACAUUGCUCUGCUGAAUGCAGGGAAACCACCUCAGCACACAGCAGAGGUGGACAGGGAGCUAGACAAAGCAGACAACAUGAUUCGACUGCUCUUCAAUGAUGUGCAGAUCCUCAAGGAUGGCCGCCACCCUCAGGCUGAACAGAUGUACCGCAGGGUUUUCCACCUCCAUGAACGCCUCGUCAGUCUGCGCAGCGAUUACAAUCUUCGUCUGAAGUCUGCCGUAUCGCUGGCUCAGGCUUCCAUGACCCAGACUUCCCAGCAGUCUGUGAAGAUGCGGCCUGAGUUAGAUGGUGUGACCCUCCGCUAUGUUGAAGAUCUUCUUGCCUGGGUGGAGGACAACCAGCAGCGUAUCGAUAAGGCAGAGUGGGGAUCAGAUCUGCCCUCAGUGGAGUCCCAGCUGGGCAGUCACAGAGGCCUGCAUCAGACUAUUGAGGACUUUAAAUCCAAGAUUGAACGAGCCAAGUCUGACGAGAACCAACUUUCUCCUGUAAGCAAAGGCAAAUACAGAGAAUACCUGGGAAAACUGGACCUCCAGUAUGGAAAACUACUGAACUCCUCUAAGUCUCGUCUGAGAAACUUGGACUCACUGCAUGCCUUUGUCACAGCUGCAACCAAGGAACUGAUGUGGUUAAAUGACAAAGAGGAGGAGGAGGUCAACUAUGACUGGAGUGACAGAAACACCAACAUGACAGCUAAAAAAGAAAAUUACUCUGGUCUCAUGCGGGAGCUGGAACAAAGGGAAAAGAAAGUCACUGAUAUCCAAGCUAUGGGAGACAGACUUGUCAGUGAUGGGCAUCCUGGCAAGAAGACAGUUGAGGCCUUCACGGCUGCCCUGCAGACUCAGUGGAGCUGGAUCCUGCAGCUGUGCUGCUGUACAGAGGUUCAUCUUAAAGAAAAUACAGCUUACUACCAAUUUUUUGCUGAUGUGAAAGAAGCUCAGGACAAGAUGAAGAAAAUGCAGGAGAGCCUGAAGAAGAAAUACAGUUGUGAUCGCUCCACAACAACCACACGUCUAGAGGAUCUGCUGCAGGAUGCUGUGGAGGAGAAGGAACAGCUGAAUGAAUUUAAGACUCUGGUGGCUGGACUGAACAAGAGGUCCCGGUCCAUCAUCCAGCUGAAACCUCGCAGUCCCACCACACCCAUCAAAGGCAAACUGCCCAUUCAGGCCGUCUGUGACUUCAAGCAGCAGGAGAUCACUGUUCAUAGAGGAGAUGAGUGUGCCCUAUUAAACAACUCUCAGCCCUUCAAGUGGAAGGUUCUGAACCGCUCUGGACAUGAAGCCGUGGUUCCUUCUGUCUGCUUUGUUGUACUUCCAGUCAACAAGGAGGCUGUAGACAGUGUGUCAAGUUUGGAUGCAGAUCAUCAGCAGAUGGUGUCCAUGUGGCAGAUGCUUCAUAUUAACAUGAAGAGUCUUCUGUCCUGGCAGUAUCUGAUGAAAGAUUUUACACAGAUUCGCUCUUGGAACAUCACCAUGUUGAAGACCAUGAAACCAGAGGAGUACCGGCUGAUCAUGAGAAACCUGGAACUCCACUACCAGGACUUCAUGCGCGACAGCCAGGACUCCAGGGUCUUUGGCCCUGAUGAGCGCAUUCAGGUUGAGGAUGACUACACCAAGUGUACCCAGCAUUUCGACAGUCUGCUUCGAUCCAUGGAGAAAGGACAUAUGGUCGGUAGGGUCAAAGGUCAGCAAGAUGAGACUCUGUGUAAGAGCUAUAUUUCUGAGGUCAAAGACUUGCGUUUGCGUAUCGAGGACUGCGAGGCUCAGACUGUGGCUCGGAUCCGCAAACCAGUUGAAAAAGAGCCUCUGAGAGAAUGUGCCCAGAAAAGAACAGAGCAGCAGAAACUCCAGGGAGAGCUUGAAGGCCUUAAGAAGGACCUUGAUAAGGUGUCUGUAAAGACCCAGGAAGUGUUGGCCUCCCCUCAGCAGUCCCCUUCAACCCCUGUACUGCGGUCAGAGCUUGACAUUACUGUGCAGAAGAUGGACCAUGUCUACAUGCUGUCCUCUGUUUAUCUCGAGAAGCUGAAGACUGUUGACAUGGUCAUCCGCAACACACAGGGUGCUGAGGGAGUCCUGAAGCAGUAUGAGGACUAUCUGCGGGAGGUUCACAUUGUACCUAGUGAUGUCAAAGAAGUGGAGACUGAAAGAACUAAGCUUAAGAAAAUGCGAGCAGAAGCUGAGGGUGAACAGCCAGUGUUUGACUCCAUGGAGGAGGAGCUAAAGAAAGCUUCUGUUGUGAGCGACAAGAUGUCCCGUGUGCACAGCGAACGUGAUGCUGAGCUGGAUCACUACCGCCAGCUCACGUCUGGUCUCCAGGACCGCUGGAAAGCAGUGUUCACCCAGAUUGACCUUCGCCAGAGGGAGCUGGAGCAGCUCGGUCGACAACUGGGUUACUAUCGGGAGAGCUAUGAUUUGCUAAUUCGUUGGAUAGCCGACGCUAAGCAAAGGCAGGAGAAGAUCCAGGCUGUGCCCAUUACCGACAGCAAAACUCUGAAAGAUCAGCUUGCCCAAGAAAAAAAACUUCUGGAAGAGAUUGAACAGAACAAGGACAAAGUGGAUGAGUGUCAAAAGUAUGCUAAAGCAUACAUUGAUACCAUUAAGGACUAUGAGCUGCAAUUGGUUGCGUACAGAGCUCAGGUGGAGCCUCUUGCUGCUCCCCUGAAGAAAACCAAGCUUGAUUCUGCUUCUGACAACAUCAUUCAGGAGUAUGUAACACUGAGGACCAAGUACAGUGAGCUGAUGACUCUGACUAAUCAGUACAUCAAGUUCAUCACCGACACGCAGCGCCGCCUGGAGGAUGAGGAGAAAGCUGCACAGAAACUCAAAGCAGAAGAGCAGAAAAAGAUGGCGGAGAUGCAGGCUGAGUUAGACAAACAGAAGCAGUUAGCUGAAGCUCAUGCAAAGGCCAUUGCAAAAGCUGAAAAAGAGGCUCAAGAGCUGAAGUUCAGAAUGCAGGAAGAAGUAAGCAGGAGAGAAAAUGCUGCUGUAGAUGCAGAAAACCAAAAACAGAACAUCCAACAGGAGCUGCACGAGCUCAAAAACCUCUCAGAGCAGCAGAUCAAAAGCAAAAGUCAACAGGUGGAUGAAGCUCUUCAAAGUCGAGUCAAGAUUGAGGAGGAAAUCCGCCUCAUCAGGAUCCAACUCGAGACAACUGUAAAACAAAAGACCACUGCAGAAUCUGAACUCAAGCAACUUCGUGAUAGAGCAGCUGAAGCAGAAAAACUCAGGAAGGCAGCUCAAGAGGAGGCAGAGAAGCUCCGGAAACAAGUUAAUGAGGAGACACAGAAAAAGCGUUUGGCAGAAGAGGAACUCAAACGCAAAUCUGAAGCGGAAAAGGAGGCUGCAAAGCAAAAACAAAAAGCUCUUGAAGACCUUGAUAAUCUUAGGAGACAGGCAGAGGAGGCUGAGAGGCAAGUCAAGCAAGCAGAGGUUGAAAAGGAAAGACAAAUCCAAGUGGCUCAUGAAGCAGCCCAGAAAAGUGCUGCUGCUGAGCUGCAGAGUAAACACAUCUCUUUUGUGGAAAAGACCUCAAAGUUGGAGGAGUCACUUAAGCAAGAGCAUGGUGCUGUCCUUCAGCUGCAACAAGAAGCAGCUCGUCUCAAGAAGCAACAGGAAAAUGCAGAAAACGCCAGAGAAGAGGCAGAAAAAGAGCUGGAGAAAUGGAGGCAGAAAGCCAACGAGGCCCUUCGUCUAAGACUCCAGGCUGAGGAAGAGGCACACAAAAAGAGCCUCGCUCAAGAAGAAGCUGAAAAACAAAAGGAAGAAGCUGAGCGUGAGGCAAAGAAGAGAGCCAAAGCUGAAGAGUCAGCCUUGAAGCAGAAAGAUAUGGCUGAGAAAGAACUUGAGAGGCAAAGAAAAGUAGCUGAGAGCACAUCACAGCAGAAGCUCACCGCAGAACAGGAACUGAUUCGACUCAGGGCAGAUUUUGACAAUGCAGAGCAACAGAGGUCCCUACUUGAAGAUGAACUCUACCGCCUGAAGAAUGAAGUUAUUGCAGCUCAGCAACAAAGGAAACAGCUGGAAGAUGAACUAGCCAAAGUAAGAAGUGAAAUGGAUUUACUCAUCCAGAUGAAGUCUAAAGCAGAGAAGGAGUCGAUGUUCAACACGGAACAAAGCAAACAACUUCUUGAAGCUAAAGCUGCCAAGAUGAAAGACCUGGCAGAAGAGGCCAGCAGGCUUAGAGCCAUCGCAGAGGAGGCUAAGCAUCAGCGUCAAAUAGCUGAAGAAGAAGCAACUCGUCAGAGAUCAGAGGCUGAGAGGAUUCUCAAAGAGAAGCUUGCUGCCAUCAGUGAAGCCACUCGCUUAAAAACAGAAGCUGAAAUUGCCCUGAAAGAGAAGGAGGCAGAAAAUGAGAGACUCCGACGGCAAGCUGAGGACGAAGCUUAUCAGAGAAAGGCUCUUGAAGACCAAGCAAACCAACACAAGCAAGAUAUUGAUGAAAAGAUAGUUCAGCUCAAAAAGUCAUCUGAAGCUGAAAUGGAAAGACAAAGAGCGGUAGUGGAUGACACUCUAAAGCAGAAGCGAGUUGUUGAAGAAGAAAUCAGAAUCCUUAAGCUCAACUUUGAGAAGGCCUCAUCUGGGAAACUGGACCUGGAGCUAGAGCUGAACAAGUUGAAAAAUAUUGCUGAGGAGACACAACAAAGCAAGCUCAGAGCAGAAGAGGAGGCUGAGAAAAUGAGGAAGCUUGCCCUUGAAGAGGAAAAGAGGAGGAGGGAAGCAGAAGAAAAGGUGAAGAAGAUUGCUGCUGCAGAGGAAGAGGCAGGCAGACAAAGAAAGGCAGCCCAAGACGAGCUGGAGCGUUUAAAAAAGAGAGCAGAAGAAGCAAAGAAACAGAAAGAUGAGGCUGACCAAAAAGCAGAGGAGCAGAUUAGUGCAGCCCAGCAAGCAGCUCUGAAAUGCAGUGCAGCAGAGCAGCAAGUGCAAAGUGUACUUGCUCAACAAAAGGAGGACAGCAUCAUGCAAAAAAAGCUUAAAGAAGAAUAUGAGAAAGCCAAGAAACUUGCCAAAGAGGCAGAAGCUGCUAAGGAGAAAGCAGAAAUGGAGGCGGCUCUCCUUCGUCAGCAAGCAGAAGAAGCAGAACGGCAAAAGGCUGCUGCUGAACAGGAAGCUGUAAAGCAAGCUAAAGCUCAGGAAGAUGCUGAAAGGUUGAAGAAGGAGGCUGAGUUUGAAGCUGCCAAGCGAGCACAAGCCGAAGCCGCAGCACUCAAGCAAAAAGAACAAGCUGAUGCUGAGAUGGCAAAGCACAAACAACUGGCUGAGCAAACAUUAAAACAAAAGUUUCAAGUGGAGCAAGAGCUCACAAAGGUCAAGCUGCAACUUGAUGAAACAGAUAAACAGAAAUCGCUCCUGGAUGAUGAGCUGCAGCGUCUGAAAGAUGAGGUUGAUGAUGCUCUCAAACAAAAGACCCAAGUGGAGGAUGAGCUGUUCAAAGUCAAGGUUCAGAUGGAGGAACUUCUCAAACUAAAAAUCAAAAUUGAGGAGGAAAAUCAGCGUCUCAUCAAAAAAGACAAAGAUAACACACAAAAGUUCCUUGCUGAUGAGGCUGAAAAUAUGAAAAAGCUUGCCGAAGAGGCUGUUAGGCUUAGUGUUGAAGCCCAAGAGGCUGCCCGCCUCAGACAGAUUGCAGAAGAUGACCUCAAUCAGCAACGAGCACUUGCAGAAAAAAUGCACAAAGAGAACAUGCAGGCCAUACAAGAAGCAUCUAGACUCCGAGCUGAGGCAGAGAUGCUUCAAAGACAAAAAGACUUGGCUCAGGAACAGGCACAGAAGCUUUUGGAGGAUAAACAAUUAAUGCAGCAACGUCUGGAUGAGGAAACGGAGGAAUACCAGCGUUCCCUUACAGCCGAGAGAAAGAGACAAUUGGAGAUUGUUGCUGAGGCUGAAAAGCUAAGACUUCAGGUAUCUCAGCUCAGCGAAGCCCAGGCCAAAGCUGAGGAAGAAGCCAAGAAAUUCAAGAAACAGGCCGAUACAGUUGCUGCUCGUCUACAUGAGACUGAAAUUGCCACACAAGAAAAAGUGACUGCAGUGGAAAGACUGGAAUUUGAGAGACUAAAUACCGGCAAAGAGGCUGAUGAUUUACGCAAAGCUAUUGCAGACCUAGAGAACGAGAAGGCUAGACUGAAAAAGGAGGCUGAAGACCUUCAAAAUAAGUCAAAAGAGAUGGCUGAUGCACAGCAGAAACAAAUUGAGCAUGAGAAGACAAUGCUUCAACAGACAUUCCUUACAGAAAAGGAGCUGCUGUUAAAGAAGGAGAAGCUAAUUGAAGAUGAGAAAAAGAGGCUGGAGAGCCAGUUUGAAGAGGAAGUGAGGAAAGCAAAGGCACUUAAAGAUGAACAGGAACGCCAGAGACAGCAAAUGGAGGAGGAGAAAAAGAAACUUCUGGCCACCAUGGAUGCAGCCGUCAGUAAACAGAAAGAGGCAGAACAAGAAAUGCUUAACAAGCAAAAAGAAAUGCAAGAACUAGAAAAACAGAGACUAGAACAGGAAAGGGUACUUGCAGAGGAAAACCAGAAGUUGCGUGAGAAACUUCAGCAGCUUGAAGAAGCUCAGAAAGACACUGAGACUGAUAAAUUUUCAAACAAAGAGAUCCACCAUGUAACAACAGUUGAAACAACAAGGACAGUUUACAUUGGUCAAAAUGGUAGGGAUGUAGUGGAUGAGGCAGAAAAGAGACCAGAUCCCUUAGCUUUUGAUGGCAUUCGUGAAAAGGUACCUGCAAGUAGGCUUUAUGACCUUGGUCUUUUACCCCAAAACGAGUUUGAUCAACUAAAGAGUGGCAAAACCACUGUUGAAGAGCUUGGGGAGACCAAAGAUCUUAAAAUAAUUCUUAAAGGAAACAAUGCCAUUGCAGGUGUUUUAACACCUGCCAAUCAAAAAAUGUCAAUCUAUCAGGCAUCAAAAGAAAAAAUGAUUACUCCAGGCACAGCAAUGAUCCUUCUUGAGGCCCAGGCAGCCACAGGUUAUAUUUUAGACCCUAUUAAGAACAAGAAACUUCCUGUUAAUGAGGCUGUCAAGGAAGGCUUGAUUGGCCCUGAACUGCACAACAAAAUGCUUUCAGCCGAGAGGGCUGUUGUUGGCUACAAAGAUCCUUACACCGGUGGAAAGAUUUCUGUCUUUGAAGCCAUGAAGAAAGGUCUGAUUGAACGAGAUCAUGCUAUCAGGGUCCUUGAGGCACAGCUUGCUACUGGUGGCAUCAUUGACCCUAUCAAUAGUCACCGCAUAUCCAAUGAAACAGCCUGUAAGCAAGGACAGUAUGAUGCAGAAAUGAAUAAGAUCAUGGACAAACCCUCAGAUGACACAAAGGGAUAUUUUGACCCUAGCACUCAAGAACCAUUGACCUAUUCUGAGUUAAUGGCAAGAUGCACUACUGACCCCAGUACAAGUCUGUUACUCCUGCCAAUCACAGAAAAAGCUGCUCAUUGCUCUAGUAUAUACACAGAAGAAGAGACCAAAGAUGUAUUCAGCAAAACAGCUGUGUCUGUGCCUUUUGGAAGAUUCAAAGGUAAAACUGUCACCAUUUGGGAGAUAAUCAACUCUGAGUAUUUCACUGAAGAUCAAAAGAAGGAUCUUCUUCGUCAGUACAAGACAGGCAAAAUUACCAUAGAAAAGAUAAUUAAGAUUGUCAUUACAGUAGCUGAGGAGAAGGACAAAAAGAAUGAAAUUACCUUUGAUGGUCUGAGAGGACCCAUCCCUGUCAGUGAGCUUGUGGAAUCAAAAAUCAUUGAUAAAGACCUUCACAAUAAACUACAGAAGGGAAAGGUGUCAGUCAAGGAAGUCUCUGAAAUGGAGCCAGUCUACAAGGCACUGAAGAGUACAAACUGCGUUGCAGGUGUACUCAUUGAUUCAUCCAAGGAGAUAUUGUCCUUCUAUCAAGCUAUGAAGAGAGACAUGGUACGACCCGGGCUUGCUUUGAAUAUGAUUGAAGCCCAAGCAGGAACAGGCUUUGUAGUUGACCCUGUCCAAAACCAAAAAUACACUGUUGAUGAGGCUGUCAAAGCUGGUGUUGUUGGUCCUGAGCUGCAUGAAAAGCUUCUGUCUGCAGAGAGAGCUGUUACAGGUUACAAAGAUCCUUACACUGGACAGACUGUAUCUCUUUUCCAGGCAAUGAAAAAAGAUCUUAUUCCUAAAGAGCAAGGUAUUCGACUGCUUGAUGCCCAAAUGGCCACUGGUGGCAUCAUUGAUCCAGUAAAAAGCUUUCGUAUCCCUCAUGAUGUUGCUUGCAAGAGAAAUUACUGUGAUGAUGAAAUGAAACAGACUCUGGGCAGUCCAAGUGAUGAAACUAAACUUUUCUUUGACCCAAACACAAAAGAACAUGUGACAUACACACAGCUCUCCAAGAGAUGUGUCACUGACAAGCAAACUGGUCUCCUUCUUCUUCCUCUAAGUGAUGAAGCAGUCAAUGAUAAGGGGGUGUCGACAUACACUGAAGCCCAGACAAAAGAGGCUAUGACUCAGGCAACUGUGGAGCUUGACUCUGGACCCUUUAAAGCCAGAAAGAUGACAAUCUGGGAACUUAUCAACUCUGAGUAUCUCACUGAGGAACAGAGACUUGACAUGCUCAGAGAGUUUCGGUCAGGAACAGUUACAAUUGAAAGGAUAAUAAAGAUCAUUAUCACAAUUGUAAAUGAGAAAGAAGCUAAGAAACAAGAACAGUCCAGCUUUAAGGGGCUUCGAGCUCCUGUUUUAGCAGAUACCUUGUAUGAUUCCAAUAUCAUUGACAAACUAACAUUUGACCACCUUCUGGAAGGCAAAACAACACCUAAACAGGUCAGUGAAAAUCCUAGUGUUAGUAAAUACCUUCAGGGCACUGAAAGUAUUGCUGGCAUUUGCCUAGAACCAAAGGAGAAAAUGAGCAUUUAUCAAGCUAUGAAGAAAAAGCUUCUCAGACACAACACUGGCCUUUUACUUCUUGAGGCUCAGGCUGCAACUGGGUUCAUUGUAGAUCCUGUAAAGAAACAGUGCCUGUCAGUAGAUGAGGCAGUGAAGGAAGGCCUCAUUGGUCCAGAGCUGCACGAAAAACUUCUCUCUGCAGAAAAGGCUGUCACUGGUUACAAGGAUCCAUUCACGGGCAAGAAAAUCUCCCUCUUUGAAGCAAUGCAAAAAGAUCUUAUACUUAAAGAACAUGCCAUGCCCCUUUUGGAAGCACAGAUGAUCAGUGGAGGAAUCAUUGACCCUGUAAACAGUCAUCGGGUCCCCAUUGAGGCUGCCUUCCAGAAGAACAUUUUCAGUAAAGAAAUUGCCACAGCUCUGUCUGUACCAUCCAAUGACAACAAGGUUUUCUCAGAUCCAGAAACUGAUGAGAAUGUAACUUACAAGCAGCUUAAAGACAAAUGCCAAAAAGAUACAGACACAGGCUUUUACAUCCUCCCUCUCUCUAAACCUCAAUCUCCAACAGUCGUGGAGAAGACAUACCUCUAUACAGAAGAGCAAACUCAGAGUGAUCUGACUAAAACCCAAAUCGACAUUCCAGUUGAGGGCCUUGCUGAUAAACCAAUGAACCUAUGGGAUGUAAUGAACUCAAAUUUGAUCCCAGAACAGGAAAGACAGAAACUCUUAGAUGAAUACCGUUCUGGAAAAAUCACCAAAGAGCGGAUGAUCAUCAUUAUUAUCGAGAUAAUGGAGCAAAGAGAAAUCAUCAGAAAUGACAGCCCACUGUCAUACAAGACUAUAAGGAGAAGGAUAACCAUUGAAGAGCUCUACAAUGCCCGCAUCAUUGAUUUGGAGACAUACAAUCUUCUCAAACAGGGCAAGAGGGACAUUCGUGACAUCAUGGAAAUGACCAGCGUGAAACAAUAUCUCUAUGGCACAGGCUGUGUUGCUGGUGUCAAAACAGACUCAGGCGCCAAGCUAAGCAUAUACCAAGCAAUGAACAGAGGUUUCAUUAAACCAGAAAUAGGCCUCAACCUCCUAGAGGCACAAGCUGCAACAGGAUUUAUUGUUGAUCCAGUGAAGAAUGAAACCCUUACUGUUGAUGAAGCUGUUCGUAAGGGAAUAGUUGGACCUGAGAUCCAUGAUAAACUUCUCUCAGUCGAAAGAGCUGUCACUGGAUACAAAGAUCCAUACAGUGGAAAAAUCAUCUCUCUCUUCCAAGCCAUGAAAAAAGAUCUUGUUCCGGAAGAUUAUGCUCUAAAAAUGUUGGAGGCCCAGACUGCUACUGGUGGCAUCAUUGAUCCAGAAUUCCAGUUCCACCUGCCAGCAGACAUUGCCUUGCAAAGAGGUUAUAUCAACAAAGAGACGAAUGAGCAAUUAACACACAAUGUUAAAGGAUUUAUUGAUCCAGUUACUGAAGAGAAAGUGUCAUAUGCAGAGCUCCUCAAAAGAUGCAAGCUAGAAGGGGGAUUGCGACUCCUUUCCCUUGGAGACAAGAGGUUGACCUUCACAGGUCUGAGAAAACAAAUCACAAUGGAAGAGUUGAUUCGCUCACAAAUUAUUGACCAGCAGACUGUCACUGAAUUAAAUGAAGGCCUUCUGUCAGUGGAAGAAGUUAGCAUUAGACUAGCAAGAUACCUUCAGGGCACAGGCUGCAUUGCUGGUGUAUUUUUGGAGUCAACCAAAGAACGUUUAUCCAUAUACCAGGCCAUGAAGAAGAACAUGAUUAGGCCAGGGACUGCAUUUGAGCUUCUUGAGGCCCAGGCAGCCACAGGGUAUGUUAUUGAUCCAAUCAAGAAUCUUAAACUGACAGUCAGUGAAGCAGUAAAAAUGGGAAUUGUAGGUCCUGAAUUCAAGGACAAGCUUCUCUCUGCUGAGCGAGCAGUGACUGGAUAUAGAGAUCCUUAUUCAGGCAAGACAAUCUCUCUUUUCCAAGCAAUGAAAAAGGGCCUAAUCUUAAAAGAUCAUGGUAUUCGUCUCCUCGAAGCUCAAAUAGCCACUGGUGGAAUUAUUGACCCAGAAGAAAGUCAUCGUCUACCAGUUGAGGUGGCCUACAAACGUGGCUUCUUUGAUGAAGAAAUGAAUGAGAUCUUGACUGAUCCAUCUGAUGAUACAAAAGGCUUCUUUGAUCCCAAUACAGAAGAAAAUCUAACCUACCUUCAGUUGAUGGAGAGAUGUAUCACUGAUCCUGACACUGGCCUGGUACUGCUGUUACUAAAAGAAAAGAACCAGGAGAGGAAGACUUCCUCUAAAUCUUCAGUUCGAAAACGAAGAGUUGUCAUUGUUGACCCAGAGACAGGCAAAGAAAUGAGUGUAUAUGAAGCCUACAGAAUGGGACUUAUAGACCAUCAAACAUACUUGGAGCUUGCUGAGCAGGAAUGUGAAUGGGAGGAGAUCACAAUGACUUCCUCUGAUGGCUCUGUAAAAUCCAUAAUAAUUGACAGAAGGUCUGGCAGACAGUAUGAUGUUGAUGAUGCUCUUUCACGAGGACUUGUUGACCAGAAGACUCUAGAGACAUACCGAUCUGGAAACCUGUCAAUCACAGAGUUUGCUGACAUGCUUUCUGGAGGUAUUGGAGGUUUCCGUUCACGGUCAUCCUCAUUUGGUUCAACUUCUGGAUCAACUUAUUCCAGUCCCAUGAGCCCCAUGCCUUCAAUUAAACCACCUGCAGUAAACUGGAAUGACCCAACAGAAGAGACUGGGCCAAUAGCAGGAAUACUGGACAUAGAUACAUUGGAGAAAGUGUCUAUCACUGAGGCAAUGCACAGAAACUUAGUAGACAACAUCACAGGCCAAAGACUGUUGGAGGCCCAAGCCUGCACAGGAGGAAUAAUAGACCCCACAACUGGAGAGAGAUUCUCAGUCGCUGAGGCUACAGAGAAAAACUUGGUGGAUAAAGUCAUGGUUGAUCGCCUCAAUCUGGCACAAAAAGCAUUCAAUGGAUUUGAAGAUCCAAGAACUAAAGUGAAGAUGUCUGCCUCUCAGGCUCUUAAAAAAGGCUGGCUGUAUUAUGAGGCUGGCCAGCGUUUUCUUGAGAUUCAAUAUUUGACUGGUGGACUUAUUGAGCCUGAUGUCGAGGGCAGAGUGACGCUAGAUGAAUCCAUCAGAAAAGGGACAAUCGAUGCUCGCACUGCCCAAAAACUGAGAGAUGUUGGUGCUUAUUCAAAAUAUCUGACAUGUCCAAAAACCAAACUGAAAAUCUCUUUCAAAGAUGCCAUGGACAGAAGCAUGGUUGAAGAAGGGUCUAGCUUAAGGCUUCUGGAGGCCUCUUCCCAGUCCAGCAAAGGCCUUUACAGUCCUUACAAUGCCAGUGGUUCUGGAUCUGCAUAUGGCUCUCGAACUGGCUCAAGGACAGGAUCUCGAUCAGGCUCCAGAAGAGGCAGCAUUGAUGCUGGUUCCGGCUUUAGCAUGAAUUUCUCCUCCUCUUCGUACUCCUACUCAUCCACAUCUGGCUAUCCUCGGAGAUUCUAAAGAGCUAGUCCCACUCUCAAUAGAUUGUACCGAAAAACUAGCAAUACUAAUGCACGUUAGAGUUGCAUUUCUCACACAAAAUAAUCAAAUACAGUAAGAUUAAAAGGAUUUAUUUAUUUGUUGUUUCACUGAGCAGCAGCAAGAUUUGCCUGGGCUGUUGAUUUUUUUUUUUUUUUUUUUGUUAACAACUGCCUCUUUGAGGAUGUAACAAUGACUAUACAGAAUUAUAGAAAAAACUUACAGUAAAGAAAACAAUUUAGCUCAUAAUUGUUUAAAGCAAAGCAUGGUAUUUCUGUUGUUUUUAAAGUAAUUAUACAUUUGAUUUUUACACCUAUUCAAACAUUAUGUGCUGGUGUUUUUAAGAACUAAUAUAUGUAUCGAACAGAAAUGUUUUUAUGUCUUCCUUGUUUUAUGUUAAAUUUGACAGUUUAAAGAUGUUUUAUAACUUUUUUAUCUUCUGUAGUAAUGCAAUAUUGAAUAUCAACAUAGCUGUAAUGAUUUAACUAAAACAUAAAGAUGCCUUCAAGACUUUAAAAUGUUUGUAUAGUGUAGACAAAAGAUGUGUUCAUGUUUUUGUUUCAUGUUGCCUGAUGUGCACUGUAGGGUAAAUUGCAGCACAAAUUACUCCUGUAAAUCACUACUAAAUGAAUCACUGAGUUCUUAAUUGAAAGAAAAAUUAACAGUAAAUUUGUGCAAACUGUUCUGAAACUGAUUCUAAAUUUGCUAUUACUCAUGUCCAUCUAUUGUCAGUGGACAAGGUAUUUGCCUUAUUGUUUUACACACUCCAAAUUUUGGAUUCUCAUAAUUUCCAUUAACUAAGUGUUCCUGCUAAAUCCCAAGAUGAUGUCAGACUCAAUCCUGCGCUCCCUCACAGUCCCGCUGCCUGUUACUUUCUCUCCUAUGCAACAUUCACUCCAAAUCCAAAAUGCUUGUACAAAUACUCAGCUGGCAAGAGCGUGUAGCGUCCCUACCACUGACGGAACUGUGAGUUCAUUUCAUUACCACACAGAAAAUCAGAUCUGCCUUUGAGUAUUUCUUUUCAUCCGCUGUGCAUCGCAUUUGUGGAAAGCUAAGGCUGUGUCAACUUCAUCUUGGGAUGCCAAAUCUAUGCUCAUUAUUCAUAUGCUUUCAUCAUGAGGUUAAUACUUGAAUGCUCAUAGGAUUAUUUAUGAUAGAAUAUCUUAAAAUUUACACUACCAGAAAAUUCACAUUCACAUCAGCCGUCUUUAUUGCAUUACAAAAACUUCAUGAAACAUCAGCACAUCUUCAGUCACCUGGAUCACUAUGUAAUUGUAUUCUGUUUGAUCCUGUUCAACCAAAGUGCCUAUUUCAAAAAUGUUGCUUGCAUGAUUGUAUGUGUUAUAUUAGAUUUGCUCAUUUCAGUUUUUUGUCACUGAUUUUCAUAGCAUGCUGAAAAAGGCUUAAAGUUUUACUUUGCUGAUUGUUUUUGUUUUCUUCAUUAUGCAGUUCUGUUCUGCAUCUCUGUACACCUUUACAUUGUUUUUAUCAUGUUUUUGUUAUUGUUAAUGUGCCUUGUUUGUUUUACUAACUUUACAAAGAACAUGGGGGAAUGUUUGUGUAAAAUAACAGUUUUAGCAUUAUAAAGUGGUUGCUUUAGCAAUAGGAUAAAAAUUGCUUUAGUUGAGAAUGAGGAUUUUGCUGUAUGUUAACAUAACACUAUGAUGUAAAUAAAUAUGUUCUAAAUUGA